GCUACGAGGUGACCCGCCUGGCCGCCCUGCGGCGCCUCGAGCCUCCGGGCUACGGGGACUGGCAGGUACCCGACCCCUACGGGCCGGGUGGGGGCAAUGGAGCCAGCGCCGGUUAUGGGGGCUACAGCUCGCAGACCCUGCCUUCGCAGGCGGGGGCCACCCCCACCCCCCGCACCAAGGCCAAGCUCAUCCCCACCGGCCGGGAUGUGGGACCGGUGCCCCCUAAGCCAGUCCCAGGCAAGAGCACCCCCAAACUCAACGGCAGCGGCCCCAGCUGGUGGCCCGAGUGCACCUGUACCAACCGGGACUGGUAUGAGCAGGUGAAUGGCAGUGAUGGCAUGUUCAAGUAUGAGGAGAUAGUCCUUGAGCGGGGCAACUCUGGCCUGGGCUUCAGCAUUGCAGGUGGUAUCGACAAUCCCCAUGUCCCCGAUGACCCUGGCAUCUUUAUUACCAAGAUCAUCCCUGGUGGAGCAGCUGCCAUGGACGGGAGGCUGGGGGUGAACGACUGUGUGCUGCGGGUGAAUGAGGUGGACGUGUCGGAGGUGGUGCACAGCCGAGCGGUGGAGGCACUGAAGGAGGCAGGCCCAGUGGUGCGGUUGGUGGUCCGGAGGCGACAGCCCCCACCAGAGACCAUCAUGGAGGUCAACUUGCUUAAAGGGCCCAAAGGCCUGGGUUUCAGCAUCGCUGGGGGCAUUGGCAACCAGCACAUCCCAGGAGACAACAGCAUCUACAUCACCAAGAUCAUUGAGGGAGGUGCUGCUCAGAAGGAUGGACGCCUACAGAUUGGGGACCGGCUGCUGGCGGUGAACAACACCAAUCUGCAGGAUGUGAGGCAUGAGGAAGCUGUGGCCUCACUGAAGAACACAUCUGAUAUGGUCUAUCUGAAGGUGGCCAAGCCAGGCAGCCUCCACCUCAACGACAUGUAUGCACCCCCCGACUACGCCAGCACUUUUACUGCCUUGGCUGACAACCACAUAAGCCAUAAUUCCAGCCUGGGUUAUCUUGGGGCUGUGGAGAGCAAGGUCAGCUACCCUGCUCCCCCUCAGGCUCCCCCCGCCCGCUACUCUCCUAUCCCCAGGCACAUGCUGGCUGAGGAGGACUUCACCAGAGAGCCCCGCAAGAUCAUCCUGCACAAGGGCUCCACAGGCCUGGGCUUCAACAUCGUGGGAGGAGAGGAUGGAGAAGGCAUUUUUGUCUCCUUCAUCCUGGCAGGAGGCCCAGCUGACCUGAGUGGGGAGCUGCGCAGGGGAGACCGGAUCUUAUCGGUGAAUGGUGUGAACCUGAGGAAUGCAACUCAUGAGCAGGCUGCAGCUGCUCUGAAACGGGCUGGCCAGUCAGUCACCAUUGUGGCCCAGUACAGACCUGAAGAGUACAGUCGCUUUGAAUCGAAGAUACAUGACUUGCGAGAACAAAUGAUGAACAGCAGCAUGAGCUCUGGGUCUGGGUCCCUCCGGACGAGCGAGAAGAGGUCCUUGUAUGUCAGGGCUUUGUUUGAUUAUGACCGGACUCGGGACAGCUGCCUGCCAAGCCAGGGACUCAGCUUCUCCUAUGGUGACAUUCUGCAUGUCAUUAAUGCCUCUGAUGAUGAGUGGUGGCAGGCAAGACUGGUGACCCCACAUGGAGAAAGUGAGCAAAUCGGUGUGAUCCCCAGUAAGAAGAGGGUGGAAAAGAAAGAAAGGGCUCGAUUGAAAACCGUGAAGUUCCAUGCCCGGACAGGGAUGAUUGAGUCUAACAGGGACUUCCCUGGGUUAAGUGACGAUUAUUAUGGAGCAAAGAACCUGAAAGGACAAGAGGAUGCUAUUUUGUCAUAUGAGCCAGUGAUACGGCAAGAAAUUCACUAUGCAAGGCCUGUGAUCAUCCUGGGCCCAAUGAAGGACAGAGUCAACGAUGACCUGAUCUCAGAGUUCCCGCAUAAAUUUGGAUCCUGUGUGCCACAUACUACCCGGCCUCGGCGUGAUAAUGAGGUGGAUGGGCAGGACUACCACUUUGUGGUCUCCCGAGAACAAAUGGAGAAGGAUAUUCAGGACAACAAGUUCAUCGAGGCGGGCCAAUUCAACGAUAACCUCUAUGGGACCAGCAUCCAGUCAGUGCGGGCAGUUGCGGAGAGGGGGAAGCACUGCAUCUUAGAUGUUUCCGGCAAUGCUAUCAAGAGGCUGCAGCAAGCACAACUUUACCCCAUUGCCAUUUUCAUCAAGCCCAAGUCCAUUGAAGCACUUAUGGAAAUGAACCGACGGCAGACAUACGAACAAGCAAAUAAGAUCUAUGACAAAGCCAUGAAACUGGAGCAGGAGUUUGGAGAAUACUUCACAGCCAUUGUACAGGGUGACUCACUGGAAGAGAUUUAUAACAAAAUCAAACAAAUCAUUGAGGACCAGUCUGGGCACUACAUUUGGGUCCCAUCCCCUGAAAAACUCUGAAGAAUCCCUUCCAACCAUUCUCUUGUGAACAGAAGAAAUCAAGUCCCUCUUCCCUCCUCCCUCUUCAUUCCUGUCCCCACGGGGAGAACAAAUGACUACUGUUCUUAUCCCCUUUUUUAGAUAUGUCCAAAAAAUUGAGUUUUCUAGUCCUGUUCUGUUUUUUAAAUUUUUGUUUGUUUUAGUUUAUUUUUUGGGAUGAUGCCAUCUCACUCAUCACGUGACUGUGCCCAUUCCUGCAUGGACCUUUCCCACGCACUAGCACAGGUGCAUAUACAUCAGAGUCAUUGUUUUCAUAAAACCAAGCAGAAGUGAAGAGAAGAGAGGAGGACUGGUGGAAAGACAGACUCUGGACAGCUGCGCGGCUUGUGAACGAGCCCAGCGCACCACGUGAGGAGAUGCUCCCGGGCAUUUCUCCAAUCUGUACCGCUGCCUCGCGGCUCGGAAAGGUGUGGCGUCACGGCGACAGAAAGUAUCUUAUUUAUAUAUAGAUAUAUAUAUGUAAUUUAUAUAAAAUAUAUAGAAAUUAUUAUAUAUAUAUAUUAUACACUCUCAUAUAAUAUAUAUAUAUAUUCACACACAUUUGGACUAGAAAAUCUAUGGAGACUUCAUCAAUGGUACUGUGUUAUUAGAGAAAUGCUUUAAUUUUCAUAUUCCAAUCAGAUGGCAUCUUAUAUCCCAACUGGUUGGGGAGGGAGUGAAAGUGGUAGUAAGCGCUGUGCCGAGGGCACCCUCAUUUGGUCAUUCUCUUGAGAGCUGGGCUUUUCUCUAGGAGGGGGUCAGCCGGAGGCCAGGCAAGAAAGGGCUUCUGCCUGGGGUGAGAGGCUUGGAGACGGCACCCUAAAGCAGCUGCCGCCCUUGGGGCGCAGUCAGGCCUGUGCGCGGGAAGAGAGAGAAUGGCUAAUGGUGCUCCGUGUUAAAUUGCCGAUUGUUUUAUGCCACCUGAUGUGUCUGCAUGAGAGGUUUCCUUUUUGUUCAUUUUUAAGCUGCUGUUAAACCAAAACCAUGUUGUGCUACUGUGUCAGCCUUUUCAUUCUUCCAAAUUUUACUUUUACUAUUUAAGUGAAUGCGUAGAAUCCAAUUUGAUCGUGUUCUAAAGGCUCGUGACGUUCAGGAAGAGCUGGGCCUCGUGCUAGAGUAGGUGACCCAGGCUUGGCCGUCCCGUUAGCGGAAGGGGAAGUGGGGGCGGGUGUGAACUGGCAGGAGCUGUGGCCCCGUAUCAUAACAUGUCCCUUCACUCACCUGUCAGAGCCACGCUGGACUUAGUUGAGGCCCUGUCUUUGGGCACACAGGUGGGGACAGAGAGUCACUUGCCUUCCCAGUCUCUGCUGGGACAGUGGGACGGCACUGGGCUUGGCCAGCCGUGUAAUGAAAAGUUUGAUUUGGGUUUUUUUUCCGCAGCUGCUUCAUAUGCCCUACCUACCCCAGGCCCCUCACCAACAGCUGGUAGCUUACUGUUUCUUCAAGAAGAAAGUAGAUUUUAAUGCUGUCAAUUUUGAGCUGUAGAGCUAAGAUUCACUUACUGUUGACAUGUGAAACCUUGUUGCUUUUUCCCAGAGUCAGACUGGCAGUGAUGGUGAUCAAGGGAGUUUUCUUCUGACCCCAGAUGCAGGCGGCAGAUGUGGCUCAGGCCCCACCCCACCCCACCCCACCAUGCUCCUUUGAAGCCCCCAUGCCUCCCUCAGCUCCACACAGGAGGCAUGACACAGGGGAGAAGAGCGCGGACAUGCUUGGCCCCAGGUUUGAGUCUGUUGUUUCCUAGCCCACUAUGUGACCACCAGUGCAAAUGACACAUGUUGAAGAUGCUUUGAGUGCUACCGGCCAAAUUUAGGACAUCUGUUAACAGUUCUUCUACCAGCAGGAUGAGGCUAACUGUAAAGUGUGGGGCCCAGAAUGUGGGUAAAGAAAGGGCAGCAGCUUUACCUGGGCAGUACACUGGAUUGGAAAUAAGAGGGGUAAAGUGGUGGCCAACCAUGCCUCUGGUGAGGAGGGAGUGAGCAGGGAGUGUUGAUUUCUGUGAUGUUAAGCGAUGUGGUCUGAAUGUUGCUCAACCCUCUACCCCUCCCAGGAAAGAAAAGCAAAGAUUCAAAGUAAGCAUGACACUAGUUGGUUUACCAGUGUUCCUUCCAAGGAGACAUAUAUUUUUUAAUAAAUGAUAGUUGCAAUGAA